AUGGGACCAGGGAGGCUGACGUGCGUGCUGGUCUUGGCGCUUAUGCUGGCUAUGGGGUCCCGGCCACAGGAACAGCUACCCAGGGAGUCCCACAACCUCAACUGGAACAAGUUUUCAGGGUUCUGGUACAUUCUGGCUGUCGCCUCUGAGGGCCAGAGAUUCUUGCCAGGCAGAGACAGGAGGAAGCUGGGGGCAUCCAUGGUGGAGGUCCACAAAGUGGGCCAGCUGAAGGUGGUUCUUGCCUUCAGCAGGUCACAGGGGUGCCAGUCACACACGUUAAUUCUGCGGAAAGAUAGGAAAAAGGCGAUGUUCAGGAAUACUUGUGCGUAUGAAGGCCCAGAGCCUGGAGAGAAAGACCUGGGGGGGGUAGAGGGUUUCCACGUGCUGUCCACCGACUACAGCUACGGCGUGGUCUACGUGCGCCUGGGCCGGGCUGGCCGGACCUCCAAGACCCUGCUGCUCUUCAGCAGGCAGAACACGUCCAGCUUCCCGAGCAUGAAAAAAUUCGUAGACAUAUGUGAGAUUUUGGAGCUCGCAAACGGUGUGACUGUUCUCCCGAAAGAUGGUAACAGACGGCCACGCGCCCUUCUGUGCAGACCCACAGCACGCCCGGCCCCAUCCGGCCCCUAGAGCUCAGUGCCUCUCUCUCCCGCAGCCUCGUGUGCCCACACCAUCCUGCCCUGAGAGCCAGCGCCCACCCACCC